AUGGCAUCAUCCAUGGUGGCUGUUCCCUCUGGAACAGCAUCAGUCCCAGCUGGAACUGGUAUCUCACAAAAUGAAGAUGUGGAGAAUGGGAAUGUGUUUAGUGAACGGAAUAUAAAUACUGUUAAUGGAUGUAAUGAAACUUCCAAUCCUGGUGAUGCUUUGGAAGUAAAUUGUGGUACUGGAGAAACUGGUGAUCAAGAAUGCGCUAUUUGCAUGAGCAAACUUUGUUCUCCACGAGUGCUUUCUUGUCUUCAUGUGUUUUGUGAAGCUUGUUUAGACAAACUUCUGAUGGAUGAGGCAGGUGAUUCAAAGGUUAGCUCAGUUCUGAUCUGCCCUCUCUGUCAACAAGAAACUUCCAUUAGUUCUAAGGGUGCCGCAUCAUUGACAUGUGAUUAUGUUCUAACGAAUAUACUCGACAUGUCUGCAAUUGAAAAUAUGGCUGUACUUUGUACCUCAUGUAAAGCCAAAGAGAGUGCGGUUGCACGUUGCUCUGAUUGUGCCAACUUCUUGUGUCCGAAUUGCAACACUGCACAUCAAUUUAUGCGUUGUUUUGAAAGUCACAAGGUAGUGGCAUUUGAAGAUUUAAAGCAAUCCAACGAAGCUAUACCAAUACAUAAACCUAUUUUUUGCGAGUAUCAUCCUGCUGAGAAUAUGAAAUUUUACUGUUAUACUUGUCAGGAACCUAUAUGUAAUGAGUGUUUGCUUAUUGAACAUAAAGCUCCAGAUCAUCAAUAUGAACGAUUAGUGGAUGCAGAACCACGUCAAAAAGAAGAAUUAAUAAAGCUUAUGAAUGAGAGUAAAGCUAGAAUUGCAGAUUGUGACCAAAUGUCUGCCCAAUUAGAAAAUGCACUUAGUGAACUACAAGCACAACAUGAUCAAGCUAAAGAUUUAAUUGUAGAGACAUUUCAGAGUUAUAAAGCUGUCUUAGAAAAAUGUCGAGACAAUGCUUUAGUUGAACUUGAAAAAUUGCAUUCAGAUAGGGAAUUAGAAAUAAUGGAUACAUUUCAUAGUGUGGAAAAAACGGUAGAAAAAAUAGAAGAUGCUUGUCGUUUUACCUCUCGACUUCUUGAGCAUGGUGACGCUGUUGAAAUACUUGCGCUUCGUCGUAUUGUAGGAACACAGUUACUGAAUUUAAUAAAAAAUACACCAAAACCAAAUGUUUCUUUUUCGAUUCAAUUCCAAACUGAUUACAACCAGUUUGAAAAAACAGUGAAGGAAGUGUUUGGUAAAUUUCAUACCGAAAGUACACCAGUGUCAAAAUCUACUUCAGAACCAAUUACAACCAUAUCUGGUGUUUCUACAAACCAACAAAUUGUUCAUACUUCAAUGGGCUGUCCACGUUCUAUUAGUACAAGGUCUCCCAUUUCUCUUCCCACAUCAAUGCAAUCCUCCUUUGAAGGUGAACCUUCGUUUGUUAUACCUCCAACAUCCAGUCCUCAAAACAUUCAACCUUCACCUUCUGUAUCCCUUCCUCCAGGUCCUAUCCAUGGGCUUACCAGUAUUCAAGAGUAUAAUCUACAGCAAUUAGCUAGUUUGGCAGAAAAAGUUGAAAUGGUUGGAGACACGAAUGUAGUUGGUCCUAGUUCAAAUCCUAGUCCAACACCACCUUUCACAUUAGCAGAUUUAUUUGCUGGUGAUUUGAGUUCUACCAGUCACGCAAUUAAUAAUUUGCAAGCUCUUGCAAAAUUAGGAAAUACACUUGGUAAUCAAGAUCUUGGCAAUCCUACUAUUAAUGGUGGUAGUGGAUUAGUACUUGGUAGAGGUCCUUCACCAGCUAUUGUAGACACACCAAAUCUAAGUUUAGCUGCUAAUAGUCUUUUAAAUGGAGGAUUUCAAUCAUUAUCCUCGUCUACUUCUCCAAUACUUUCACAGGGUGCUGAUGAUUUAAGAGGAGAUUCUAUGCAUAACAUGCCCGUAGUAGUAGGAAACACAGUUGGCAAUGUAACAGGUUCCGGAUCUGGAAAUUAUGCCCAUCCACGUUCGAAUAACACGAAAUUAACUCCUAUGCACAUUAGAUGUAAAUUUGGGCAAUUGGGUCCCAGUAAAGGUCAAUUUAGUUCACCUCAUGGAUUCUGUUUAAGUGCUGACGAAGACAUUAUUGUUGCCGAUACUAAUAAUCACAGAAUUCAAAUAUUUGAAAAAACUGGUAUUUUCAAAUUCCAAUUUGGUGUUCCUGGUAAAGAAGAAGGACAGUUAUGGUAUCCUAGAAAAGUCGCUGUGAUGAGAAACAGUGGGAAAUUCGUUGUUUGUGAUCGAGGAAACGAACGAUCGAGAAUGCAGAUAUUUACAAAAAGUGGUCAUUUUAUUAAAAAAAUAGCAAUUCGUUACAUCGAUAUUGUAGCUGGUUUAGCUGUGACAAGCGAGGGUCAUAUUUUGGCUGUUGAUAGUGUAUCACCAACAGUGUUUGUAAUCAGUGAUACAGGAGAUUUAUUAAGAUGGUUUGAUUGUAGUGAAUAUAUGAGAGAACCAAGUGAUAUUGCAAUUAGUGGUAAAGAAUAUUUUGUUUGUGACUUCAAGGGGCAUUGUGUUGUAGUGUUUAAUGAGGAAGGUAAAUUUUUGCGUCGCAUUGGCUGUGACAAUGUAACAAAUUUCCCAAAUGGGAUCGAUAUUAGCGAUGCAGGAGAUAUAUUAAUAGGAGAUUCGCAUGGAAAUCGUUUUCAUGUAGCUGUUUUUUCAAGAGAUGGUUCUUUAAUUUCUGAAUUUGAAUGUCCAUAUGUCAAGGUCUCUCGAUGUUGUGGCUUGAAAAUAACUUCAGAAGGAUAUAUUGUAACUUUGGCUAAAAAUAAUCAUCAUGUCCUUGUAUUAAAUACUCUUUACAUAUCAUGAAGUGAAGAAGAUCAAAUAAGUAUAUCGUAACUUUCUUCGGCAAAUGGAAUUUCUUUGGUGAAUAUUGCUCUACUUCUAACAAAGAAAAAAUUGAUUAAAAAAGAAAGAAGAAAACAUCUAAUAUAUUCAUGGCGUCGAACUCUUUGAGAUUUGGGCCUAUCCAAAUAAUAGAAUUAUAAACAAGUGCAGCAUGCAGCUUUAAUAGUUUAUAUAUAUAUAUA